CCGGGGCCUGAGAGCGCUCGCCGUCCCGAGCUCCGCACUUCGCCCUUCGCUCCCGGUGCCCGCCGCCGCCGCGCCGCCGCCCAGACCCGAGCUCCCCGCGCAGGAUCAGUGCACCUCCGGGAGAUGGAGACUGUUGUCCGCCGCUGCCCAUUCUUAUCCCGGGUGUCUCAGGCCUUUCUACAAAAAGCGGGCAAGUCUCUCCUGUUCUAUGCCCAAAAUUGCCCUAAGAUGAUGGAAGUUAGGACGAAGCCCGCCCCUCGGACACUGGCCACUUCUGCAGCGCACUGCCAGCAGAUCAGAGAGACCCCUCCGGCCAAUGAGAAGAACAAAACUGCCAAAGCAGAAGCUCAGCAGGUUCCUGACGGAUCCCAGCAGGCGUCAGAGGGCACACAGCUCCCAUCUGGACACCCCUCCCUCACCGCAAACCAGGGCACCGCCAGCAAGUGCCCGUUCCUGGCAGCCCAGAUGAACCAAACGGGCAGCAGUGUCUUCCGCAAAGCCCGCCUGGAGCUUCAGGAGGACGUGCAAGAGAUGCACGCUGUGAGGAAAGAGGCUGCACAAACCUCAGUGAACCCCAGUGUGAUUGGUCUGAAGACAGAGGGAGGGGAGCCAGAUGGGCUGUUGAAGAAUUUUCAGGAUCUCAUGCGGAAGCAGAGGCCUGAGGGAGUGUCCCAUCUUCUUCAAGAUAACUUGCCGAAGUCUGUUUCUACAUUUCAAUAUGAUCAUUUCUUUGAGAAGAAAAUCGACGAGAAAAAAAAUGACCACACCUAUCGAGUCUUUAAAACCGUGAACAGGAAAGCACACGUCUUCCCCAUGGCAGAUGACUAUUCAGACUCUCUCAUCAGCAAGAAGCAGGUGUCGGUCUGGUGCAGCAACGAUUACCUGGGGAUGAGUCGUCACCCACGGGUGUGUGGGGCAGUCAUGGACACUCUGAAACAGCACGGUGCCGGAGCAGGCGGCACCAGAAACAUCUCCGGAACCAGCAAAUUCCACGUGGACCUGGAGCGGGAGCUGGCUGACCUCCACGGGAAAGACGCGGCACUCUUGUUCUCCUCGUGCUUUGUGGCCAACGACUCCACUCUCUACACGCUGGCUAAGAUGAUGCCCAGCUGCGAGAUCUACUCUGACUCUGGAAAUCACGCCUCCAUGAUCCAAGGGAUUCGGAACAGCGGUGUGCCCAAGUUUAUCUUCCGCCACAAUGAUGUCAGCCACCUCAGAGAACUGCUGCAGCGGUCUGACCCCUCUGUCCCCAAGAUUGUUGCCUUUGAAACUGUCCACUCAAUGGAUGGUGCGGUGUGCCCCUUGGAAGAGCUGUGUGACGUGGCCCAUGAGUUCGGAGCCAUCACCUUUGUGGAUGAGGUCCACGCAGUGGGGCUGUACGGGGCACGCGGAGGAGGGAUCGGCGAUCGGGAUGGAGUCAUGCAAAAAAUGGACAUCAUUUCUGGGACACUGGGCAAAGCCUUCGGCUGUGUGGGCGGCUACAUCGCCAGCACGAGCGCCCUGGUCGACACGGUGCGGUCCUAUGCGGCUGGCUUCAUCUUCACCACCUCCCUGCCACCCAUGCUUCUGGCCGGAGCCCUGGAGUCUGUGCGCAUCCUGAAGAGUGCCGAGGGCCGGACGCUUCGCCGGCAGCACCAGCGCAACGUCAAGCUCAUGAGGCAGAUGUUAAUGGACGCCGGCUUGCCGGUCGUCCACUGCCCCAGUCACAUCAUCCCCAUUCGGGUCGCGGACGCUGCUAAUAACACCGAAGUCUGCGACGAGCUGAUGAGCCGGCAUAACAUCUACGUCCAAGCCAUCAACUACCCCACGGUGCCCCGGGGGGAGGAGCUGCUGCGGAUCGCCCCCACCCCGCACCACACUCCUCAGAUGAUGAGCUACUUCCUUGACAAUCUGUUGGCGGCGUGGAAGCGAGUAGGGCUGGAACUCAAGCCGCACUCUUCAGCCGAGUGCAACUUCUGCCGGAGGCCACUGCAUUUUGAAGUGAUGAGUGAAAGAGAGAAGUCCUACUUCUCAGGGAUGAGCAAGUUGAUAUCUGCUCAGGCCUGAGGGUGUCGCCGUCUCAGCUACCCACCCACCCCACCCCACCCCAGCCCCAUAUCAUAUCCACGUAGUCUCCAGAGCCGUCUUUAUAUGUGAGUUAAAUUAUAUUAAAGUUAAUCUAUAGGAAAAGUAUAAUCCUGAUAAUAAAUUCUUGGUUACCUGAUGG